ACAGGGGUCAGCAGGGCACUGUACAGGGUCAGAAGGGCACUGUACAGGGUCAGCAGGGCACUGUACAGGGGUCAGCAUGGCACUGUACAGAGGUCAGAAGGGCACUGUACAGGGGUCAGCAGGGCACUGUACAGGGGUCAGCAUGGCACUGUACAGAGAGGUCAUCGGGGCACUGUACAGAGGUCAGCAGGGCACUGUACAGGUAGAGCUGAGGACAGAGGUCAGCAGAGCACUGUACAGGGGACAGUAGAGCUGAGGACAGAGGACAGCAGAGCUGAAGACAGGGGUCAGCAGGGGCAGAGGAAAGGAGUCACAACAGUCAGGGCAGAAGACAGGAGUCAAUGCUGGCAGGGCAGAGGGCAGGGGUCACUUUUGGCAGGGCAGAGGACGGGUCAGCAGGGUGGAGGACAGGAGUCACUGCUGGCAGGGCAGAGGACAAGGGUCACUGCUGGCAGGGCAGAGGACAGGGGUCACUGCUGGCAGGGCAGAGGACAGGGGUCACUGCUGGCGGGGCAGAGGACAAUGGUCACUGCUGGCAGGGCAGAGGACAGGGGUCACUGCUGGCAAGGCAGAGGACAGGGGUCACUGCUGACAGUG